AUGAGACCCCGGAUUUACCUUUUCGGAGAUUCUAUCACUGAAGAGUCAUUUACCGAUGGCGGCUGGGGAUCUUCUCUUGCAAACCACUUCUGUCGCACGAUGGAUGUGAUGUUGAGAGGGUAUAGCGGGUACAAUACAAGAUGGGCUCUGAAGGUGGUGGAGAAGGUAUUUCCACCGUCGGAAAGUGGCGGUGCUCCUAUGGCAGUGACGGUGUUCUUCGGCGCAAAUGACGCUUCUCUUCCCGAUAGAUGCAGUGCCUUCCAACACGUGCCGGUUGACGAGUACAAGAAGAAUCUUCACGCCAUUAUCGCCUUUCUCAAGAAAGGGUGGCCUUCAGUUCAUAUUCUCCUCAUCACCCCUCCUCCAAUUGAUGAAGAUGGACGUCUACAGAAUCCAUUUGUCGAGAAUGAAUCAGGUCUACCUGAGAGGACAAAUGAGGCUGCUGGCAGAUACGCUAAAGCCUGCCUUGAAGUUGCUGCAGAAUGUGGAAUUCCGGCAGUGGAUCUUUGGACAAAAAUGCAGCAGAUUCCUGGCUGGCAAAAAGCUUAUUUAAGAGAUGGUUUGCAUCUGACUCAAGGUGGCCAAAGUGUGGUAUUUGAGGAAAUAAUUGGCAGACUAAGGGGAGUAGGCCUAAGUCUGGAAACUCUACCAGUCGAUCUCCCACUUAUAGCCGAGAUUGAUCCUAAAGAUCCCAUGAAGUCUUUUGAGGAUUAA